AUGGAUCUGCACAGUAAUUCUCAGGGUGAAUACGGACGGUUUGAACAAAUACUUACACAGUUUCUUCUGAAAAGCUUGCAUAUCACAUUGGAUUCAAGGGUUCCUUCUAUUCGUCCAUAUAAUCGCAGUGGGGAAGUGAAAAAGAGUGACAAAUGGUUCAGCUUAGUAUUAGGAGAUCGUCCAGCUGCUUUAGAUGAUUUGAAUUUCUGGCAAAGGAAUUUAAUGGAACCGAUGAUAAUUGACAUAAUUCUUGUUCAAGAAACCCCAAAUUCUAUGCCUGAACUAAAGUCACGUUCUGCUUUGGGGUUGGGGACUUUUGUUGAGACGGUAAUAGAGAGAUGGGUUGUUCAAUAUGAGUGUAUAGGGGCAACGUCUCCUCAAGUUGGUGAUGCCUCUUACAAGAAAACAUACCAGAAAUCGAUUAUACUUCUACGCUCACUCUAUUCAAUGCUGAGGCUUCUUCCAGCAUAUAAGGCCUUUCAGAAGCUAUGUUCAUCAAGUCAGACUUGUGAUUUUGAGAUCAAUUACAAGGUCUCUUCAUUUAGUGCUCCAUUUUCCAGGGCAGAGGAGGAAGUGAUGAAGCAGUAUAGUUUUGUUCCUGUCGACGCCCAACAAGGACGCCUUUCUAUAUCUGUGACAUAUCGGGAAAGUCUGUCUGAUUUCAAUCUAGAGACGUCUACAUCGUUCCCACCAGAGAUAAUUACAGAUUACGUUCGUAGCCCUGCCACUGACCCUCUGAGGGCUUUUCCCUCUGAUGACAAGGGUUUUUGUGCUACAUCCGUUCCAUUCAGAGGGAUGCAACCACCUUCUAUGUCCCCAUUUCAACGCCCGCACAGCUGGACAAGUGGCCUUCACAAGGGAGUAGCUCCUUUAGCACAGAACCGACCUUUCAGUGGAUCUCCUCCUAUGUAUCAUUCACCUAUGCUGUAUGAGUAUUCUUCUUCACCUACUGAUGUACAUGGGCCUAGGGGUCAACAUUAUAGAUUGCCAACUCACCACAAAACCACAAGCUUUGAUGAGUACCAGCUUUCACCUCCGUUUUCAUCAUCUCCUUCCCCGUCUCCCCCAACAUAUCUUUCCGGUGGGACUCAUGUGCAAACUCGUCUGCAUUCAGAGACUGCCCCUACAUUCUCUUCCACCUCUAUCCCCAGAAGUACGAGGCAGGAUCCUUCAUCCCAAGAGUCCCCAUCUGGAAUCAGGUCACUUAAGAAAUCGGAUUCAUUGAGGGCCACAGAGUUGAAUUCUGGGAUACCGAAUCAAUAUGCUAUUCAGAAGAUCUCAAGAGAUAGCAAAGAUGAUUCAGGGAGGUUCUCAGCCUUGCUGUCUUCAAGUGGCUCACCACGAAUUGGAUUCUCGAGGAGCUCUAGUAGAUUCUCUUUGCAGGAUGAUUUGGAUGAUUGUGACUUCUCUUGUCCUUUCAUUGUUGAUGAUGUUGAUCCUGAUUCCCAAGCCAGUCAGUAUCUGGAUGGGAAAAAGGCAUCGGAGACAUUUUCGAUGGCUAGAAAAUCUCAAGAUGCUGCUGCUGGGGCCCUUAUUCAAAUGCUAAGAGCAGCACCUCCUCUGAGGCAAGAUUCUAGUUGUUACUCCUCUCGUUGCUUGAAGACUGAACUCGAGGGAGAACUUGGUGCUUCUUCUGGAUCGUUUUUAGCUCGGAAGACUUCAGAUGCACUGGAGGAGCUUAGGGCUUACAAAGAAAUGAAAGACCUACUAUUUUCCAAGAGCACAACUCAGGUUAUCGGCAAAGAAGAAUCUUAA